AUGAAAUACCUAGACGCCGAUGAUGCAGGGGUCGUUUAUGAUGUGAACAUUAUUGAUGGCAUGUGUCAGGAGUGUGUUGAAGACGCGACGCUACUGAAGGGGCGCAUUGAAAACAAAAUCCUGUACUCUCCGUACCCGACGCUGGCAAUUCCGGUGUGUUCCGUGUACACCUGCGUCAAAUCAUUUCUCAGCAUUGCCGGCAACAGACCUGUCGCGGUGGACUACACCACAAGUUAUACCCGUCAAGAACUUCUUCUUGCGUUGGAGCGUUAUGCUGCGGGCUUCCAAUCUCAUGGAUUGAAAUUGGGCGACCACGUCUGUGUACACAUGCGGAACUCAGUCGAUGCGUUUGUCGCUGUGUUCAGCCUCAUCUUCGCAGGCGCCACCAUCGUUCUAGCGAAAACAUCGCUCACGACUCGAGAGCUGCUGUACCAGAUGACCGAUGGAGAUGCAACGUAUAUUGUGACCGACCCGCCGAAUGCGGAUAAAGUACGCAAGGUACGUACCUGUUUGCUUCUGGAGGCCCGCUUUGUACUGGGUGAGGCUCCCGGCUUCACUUCAAUUCUGGGCUUUGUGCACAUGGACCCAAAGCAAUUUCGUGAAGUGCCCGUUGCGGACCCCCGGAACACUAUUGCGGGCAUCAGCUACACCUCCGGCACCACGGGUCUUCCCAAGGGUGUCGAGAUCACGCACUUCUCCUUCGUCGCGAACAUAGUUCUGUCCAAAGACAUCACGGCAUCUGACGAGACGGACGUAUUCCUCGCAUGGAACCCAAUCACGCACAUGUCCGGCUUCAUGUUCACCAUGCUUGGGAUCUGCAUCGGCUCCACCUGUGUCAUCGUCUCGCCGGCGCUAACGUUCAAUCAAUUCAUCGACGUCUGCAACAAGUACCAGGUAUCAUCGCUGUUUAGCUUUGCGAACCGGCUGCAGAACCUUGUGAACGAGAUGCUUCGCAUGAACAUAAAGCUGGAGCAGGUUCGCAAGGUGUCCGUCGGUGGUAGCCUGGUCACCGAAACACUAGGCUGCAGAGCCAUGCAAGCGUUUCCCAUGCUUCGAAACUUUCGAAACUUUUAUGGCAUGACUGAAACCUGUGGCCUCAUCUCAAAUCCCGGCCAGGAUGAGAUCGACUUCGUGGACCUCGGAGUGCCCACGCCGAAUGUUGAGAUCAUGUCAUUACGCAGUGACUUCGGUCAGGAAGCAGGGCUCCUCGCAAAGCGGUACGUGAACGUAGCAAGCGGCGUCACGACCUACCGCAACCAUCUCGACUUCACGAGGACCUGUCGGGAGAGGAACGUGAUACCACGAAGCCUUCAGCUCAAGCGCCUGGUGCACACGGCGGAGGGCAACAAGAUCAUCGCACAAGCUGAAUGGCGGCUACUAAACGCCCGAAUCCAUGAGUGCCACAGCGUCAUUAAGAAGAAGGAAUUAGACCUGUUCUUUCUACGACAGCAACUUCAACAUCGACUGCCCGACAUCUUUACGUCACUGGAGGAGUUCGCACGAAAUGUGGCUGCAACAACUGCACAGAAACAACAAGCGACCCACAAUAGUAAGCUUGCGACGCUUCAAGGAGAAAAACACCACUACAGUCCUGACAACGAGAAUUUCGUCGUCACUCUGUCCUCCAAACAACUCUCCCCGACAGAGCACAGCGUGCUGGCAAAGAGACACAACUUCAACACGACCACGACACGUCCGUCACUGCCGAAGAUCAUCGCGGCUACGGAGGAAGGCAUAAGGCGACUCGACCGCGGCAUUCGGGAGAACAUAUUGAACAAGAGCAAUGAACAACUAAUGGGGCCUAACGAGCCUGGUGAGCUGCUGUUCCGUACGCCAUCAGUCAUGCGUGGCUACUACAAAAGACCAAAGGAAACUGCUGAAAUUCUUCUGAAAGACGGCUGGUGCAGUUCAGGCGACGUGAUCUACUACGAUCACAACGGCCGCCUCCAUUACUUGGAUCGCCUGAAGGAGAUGAUCAAGUGCAUGGACAACCAAGUAGUACCUGCCGAACUGGAAGACUUGAUCAUGAGCAAGUGCCCUGCCAUAGCCGAAGUGUGCGUCCUCGGACUUCCGCAUCCAGAGUAUGGAGAGGCGGCGGCUGCUUUCGUCAUUCCUCAUGAACGUCACAAGGGCGAGGUGACCGAGGACGACAUCAAAAAGGUCGUUGCUGGCUCGUGCGGCGUACACAAGCACCUCUACGGGGGCGUCUAUUUCCCCCCGUCUUUGCCACGCACUGACACCGGCAAGCUGCAAAAGAACUUAAUACGCAAGAAUCCAUGCUUCUUCACGACACAAACCUGA